GGGUUCGGUUACAAGUCGCAGCCAUACAUUAUGCGUCCGUUAAUUAAAUAUGGAGACGAAAGGCGUUUAACACAUGCCGGGCAGGUGUCAUUCAAUGACAGGAGUCAGUUAGACGAAUAUUGGGAGCUUGACAAGUCGCGGGUCCACGUGUCAAGGGGAACCUGGGGAAGCCUGAUUUAGAAAACCACAGCACGCGCAUGCCAAGGCUGCGGGUCUCCAAACAGGGCAGUUGGGAGAAGGACCUGCCAGAAUUUGACAAGCCACCCCCUUUUGGAAGAGAACUGGUAAACCACAAGCGGUAUAAAGUCGGCACAUUGGGGUCCUUGAGCCUGGCUGGCAAAUCGCGUACAUAAUAGCAUAAGUGUGAAGCAGUUCCAGAGGUUUUCUCAGAGCGCUUUUCAGGAAAACGCCAAUGAGCCAAGGAGCUUCUUCCUCUCGUCUGGGGCAAAGCUCGAGAGCAUAAAAAAAUAAAAUAAAAAUGAAAGGCCGGUCAGACUUCCAUCGGCACCCACCCUGCCCGAGCGCCCGAAGGCAAGACCUCGAAAGACAGGGUACAGAUCAUCGCUACUCUCUAUACAGCCACGACCCGAAAGCCAGUGACUGCCGCCUUUACAGGCAGAACGAGAGUAAAUGGUUCUCACUGUAGGGAGCCGAGGAUAUGGAUCAUCAACCCGGGUGGGAUCUGUAGCUCCUUUAGGGAACACAAAAGCGGACGACUACUAUAGAAAUGAUUCUCCUGGUGGCUUACUGAAGUAUUGUCGACAUGAAGGAAAAAAAAAAAAAAAA